AUGGGCGUCCACGCGCGACGGCACGGCAGUUGUGCUCCGUCCCCCCGUGACGGUUUUCGCAAUGCAGCAUGUGUGGUCCACUGGCCUUGCGCGUGCCUCGUGCGGCGCUGGUGGCUGACGCACGGGAUGCCGGGUGGGUGUGAGAGCGGCACGCUGCGUUCGGCUCUGCCUGCUUUCCUUUUUGUUUACCUGCAUGUUUUCUUUAGUUCCUUUCCUUUGCGCCCCACUCCGCGCCAACCACGCGCGGCUGCCGGGUGCAUCCGCGGCCCUGGUGCCAAUGCAUGCGUGGUCCCCGCCGUGGCCUGCGGGAAGCCUUGUUUGUAUUGCGCUGCCGUUGUGCCGUACGCGCCCCCACUGGCGCUCUCACUUCCCCUCCGCUGCCUCCUGUGCACCGUGCCCUCCUCUUCUUUCUUCCUCUUCCUGCGGCAGUAA